CCGCGCAAGGCACUCUGGGAGAUAGAGUCUUCCUUCGUUAUCUUCUGUUUCCACAGGUUUCGCGAGAUUUACAUGAUCCGGUGCAGUGUCAACGUUUCUGUGGCUCAAAGGGGGCUCAAUGUUGACAUGAGUUUUGCGUUCAGCCUGUGAAUUUCCUGAGGCAUGUCCAAGAAAAGGGGCAGAAAGAGAAGCAGCGGGGAACUGAGUGACACAGUAACCCCUGACCCUAGCUGCAUUCUUGGAGUCCGCAUUCAACACAUCUGGCGCGAAAAGGGAACUGAAAGUAAAUGGAAGGGGACUGUGCUGGACAGGCUGAGCGUGAACCCAUCUCUCUUCAUGGUGAAAUACGAUGGCUUUGACUGCGUCUACGGCAUAGAGCUGUUCAAGGAUGACAGAGUGUCCAGUCUCCAGGUUCUGUCGGAACAAGUCGUAAACAACAAGAUCAGGAUACCACCAGGGGCAGAAGAGUUGGUGGGCAAAGCUGUAGAGCAUCUGUUUGAAAAGGAAGAUGGAGAAAAGAACGAGUGGAGAGGCAUGGUGCUCUCCAGAGCUCCAAUCAUGACCAACUGGUAUUACAUCACUUAUGAGAAAGACCCGGUUCUGUAUAUGUAUCAGCUGUGGGACGACUACGCUGAAGGAGACCUCAGGAUCCUGCCUGAAGCAGAGAACAAGCACCUACUGCCAGCAGACAGGAAACCAGGAGAAGAGACUGAGAGUCUGGUGGGGAAACAGGUGGAGUAUGUUACAGACAAAGGAGUGAAGAGAACGGGUCUGGUCAUUUACCAGGUCCCAGCCAAACCUUCAGUCUACUAUAUCAAGUAUGACGAUGACUUUCAUAUUCAUGUCUAUGACCUGGUCAAGACCAACUAGAGGGAUAGAGACUCGCCAUUCUCUCUUCUUCUCCCCGCAUCAGUUUUCAUGAAAACCUGAUGCCAUGACAGGGUUGAAAAGGUAAUGCUUUAUUCUUCAGAUGAAUGUACAAUGUGUGUGUACAUAGAAGGGCCUUCAUGCUGCUUUCGUUUUUGCAAUAAGAGUAGACCUGUUUUACUCCAAGUCUUCUGCUUUUCAGUUCAGGCUUUUUCGUGCUAAUUUGAAAGUAAUUCGAUGGCAAUUGCAGUCACCGUAACAGAUGAGCGUGUGGUUCCCAAUUAACUGGCAACAGUAUCUUCAUUUUACUUUUGACAGCACAAGAACAAAAAAAACACUUAGUGCUGGGGAUAUAAAAAAGACUGCCUGCUAAAUUCCCUCUCUAAAAUGUCAUCAAGUGCCUUCAGGCUUGUCAUUCUAAGAUAUAAAACAUGAACAUUUUGGGCAUUCAUGGGUGCUUGAAGGCUGCUAUUCCACAAAAAAUAUUAUUUUAAUAAUAUUGUGGAAUCCUGUCCAAAGAUCCAUUUGAGUUUUUCUUGAGAAGAGUUUAUUUUGUUAAAAUAUAAUUAAUGUGCAUCUACAAUGCAUGUAUAAGUUCUGUUAAUAUUAUAGGCAGCACUUUAUUGUAUAAAGUUUGUGUCCACAAUUCUUUCUUCCUUAAAUAAAAAUGCUUUACCUGUACAUCCCAUGCAUGAAUAUUAAACUUGUUGAAAUACAGAUGUAUUUAAUGUGUCUGAUGCUUUGUAAUGUUGCCAGUUGUGAUUAAUACUUGUUUAUGAUCAUAUACUUUCAGCUUUAUGUGGAACUGUUGCUAAUAUAUACACAAGUGUCAACUAUAGAUGUAAUCUAUCACAGUACCAAACUCGAUCCACGUCAGUGCACAGUUGCAGGGCUGGUUUAUUUCAUUCCUCACAAACCAGGUUGAGUCAGACGCGCUUUGUAAAUGUGGUUACUAAUGUUUUGUCAGCUGUUGGCUUAACCGUGAACUGGUCAGGUAGAUUGAGAGACACCACAGAGGUGUUUUAUUUUGUUGCAGUUUUUAACUUUUCAGUCUCAUUUAUUGGUUGCAAAUUUGUAGCAGCAUUAUUAUUCUGUCAUGCGAAAUAAAC